AUGGGAAGAGCGGUGGCGAUGGCGGUGGCUCUGCUGGUGGCGCUGGUCGCGGCGGCGGCCACGUUGCCGGGGACGGCGAGCGCGUCCCCGGCGGAAGGGAUCCAGCCGCUGUCCAAGAUCGCUGUCCACAAGGCCACCGUGGAAAUGCAGCCGUCGGCGUACGUGCAGGCGACUCCGUCGCUGCUCGGCGAGCAGGGAGAAGACACUGAAUGGGUGACGGUGAAGUACGGCUGGACAGACCCGUCCGACGACGAUUGGAUCGGCGUCUUCUCUCCAGCUGAAUUCAACUCGUCGGCUACGUGUCCUAACCCAUGGCCAGCAGAAGAACCCUAUCUCUGCACAGCACCCAUCAAGUAUCAAUUCGCCAACUACUCUGCAAACUACAUCUACUGGGGCAAGGGCAGCAUCCGGCUGCAGCUCAUCAACCAGCGCUCCGACUUCUCCUUCGCCCUCUUCACCGGCGGCCUCGACAACCCGAAGCUGAUCGCGGUGUCGGAGCCGAUCUCGUUCAAGAACCCCAAGGCGCCCGUGUUCCCGCGCCUCGCGCAGGGCAAGUCCCACGACGAGAUGACGGUGACGUGGACCAGCGGCUACGACAUCGGCGAGGCGUACCCGUUCGUGGAGUGGGGCGCCUUGGUCGCCGGCGCCGCCCAGCCCCAGCAGACCGCGCGCGCGCCCGCCGGCACGCUCACCUUCAACCAAGGCAGCAUGUGCGGCGAGCCGGCGCGCACCGUCGGGUGGAGGGACCCCGGGUUCAUCCACACCGCCUUCCUCAGGGACCUCUGGCCCAACAAGGAGUACUACUACAGGAUCGGGCACGAGCUCCACGACGGGUCCAUGGUGUGGGGCAAGCGGGCCUACACAUUCCGCGCGCCGCCGUCGCCGGGGCAGAAGUCGCUGCAGCGCGUCAUCGUCUUCGGCGACAUGGGAAAGGCGGAGCGAGACGGGUCGAACGAGUACGCGGCGUACCAGCCGGGGUCGCUGAACACGACGGACACGCUGAUCAGUGACCUGGACAACUACGACAUCGUGUUCCACAUCGGCGACAUGCCGUACGCCAACGGCUACAUCUCGCAGUGGGACCAGUUCACGGCGCAGGUGGCGCCCAUCACAGCCACGAAGCCCUACAUGGUGGCCAGCGGCAACCACGAGCGGGACUGGCCCGACACGGCGGCGUUCUGGGACGUGGAGGACUCCGGCGGCGAGUGCGGCGUGCCGGCCGAGACCUACUACUACUACCCCGCCGAGAACAGGGCCAACUUCUGGUACAAGGUGGACUACGGCAUGUUCCGCUUCUGCGUCGCCGACUCAGAGCACGACUGGCGGGUGGGCACGCCGCAGUACGAGUUCAUCGAGCACUGCCUGUCGACGGUGGACCGGAAGCACCAGCCGUGGCUCAUCUUCGCGACGCACCGCGUGCUGGGCUACUCCUCCAACGCCUGGUACGCCGGCGAAGGGUCCUUCGAGGAGCCCGAGGGCCGCGAGAACCUGCAGAAGCUCUGGCAGAAGUACCGCGUCGACAUCGCCUUCUUCGGCCACGUCCAUAACUACGAGAGGACCUGCCCUAUGUACCAGAGCCAGUGCAUGACCAGCGAGAAGAGCCACUACUCCGGGACGAUGAACGGGACCAUCUUCGUGGUGGCCGGCGGCGGUGGCUGCCACCUGUCGGAGUACACAACGGCGAUCCCCAAGUGGAGCAUCUACCGCGACCAUGACUUCGGCUUCACGAAGCUCACGGCUUUCAACCACUCGUCGCUGCUGUUCGAGUACAAGAAGAGCAGCGACGGCAAGGUCUACGACUCCUUCACCAUCCACAGGGACUACCGCGACGUGCUCCGAUGCGUGCACGACAGCUGCUUCCCGACGACGCUGGCCACCUAA